UUUUGCCAAAUUCAGGGUAAAAAUAAUCCGGUUUUGCUAAUUUGGACGAUUUUGAUACUUUGUGCUAAGUUCGGGGAUAAGGUGAUCAUUUGUUCAAAUUUCAUCAUACUGAUCGUAUCGUUGACACUGAGAAACAGUUGAGUAGUUGUUUUAGACGAGGCGCUCAAAUUUAGGUGACAGAAAAGUGAAAAUGUGGAUUGCCGGUUGCCUAUGGUUAGCUUCCGCCGCCAUUUUGAGUGCCGCUUCGUCGGAUGAUGCUGAGUUUGGUUCCGCUCGUGUCGUUUUUCAGACUAACUAUGGAGACAUUGAGUUUGGAUUUUAUCCUAAUGUGGCGCCCAAAACUGUGGAGCACAUUUACAAGCUAGUUAGACUUGGAUGUUACAACACGAAUCAUUUUUUUCGGGUUGAUAAAGGAUUUGUUGCACAAGUGGCAGAUGUAGUGGGAGGAAGAUCAGCUCCAAUGAAUGAGGUGCAAAGAAGAGAAGCUGAAAAGACGGUAAUCGGCGAAUUUAGUAAAGUUAAGCAUGUUCGAGGCAUUCUCUCAAUGGGCAGAUAUUCUGAUCCAAAUAGUGCGUCGUCUUCGUUUUCCAUGCUUCUUGGUGAUGCUCCUCAUCUUGAUGGCCAGUAUGCAAUUUUCGGUAAAGUUACUAAAGGGGAUGACACUCUCACAAAGCUUGAGCAGCUGCCUACUCGCCGUGAGGGAAUUUUUGUGAUGCCAACUGAACGCAUCACAAUUCUUUCCUCAUAUUACUAUGACGCAGUGAUGGAGGCAUGUGAAGAGGACAGAUCAAUCUUGAGGCGAAGACUCGCCGCCUUUGCUAUUGAAAUUGAGAGAGAGAGAAUGAAAUGUUUCCCAUGAUUUCACAAAAAGAUCUGGAUCAACAACCGCUACUACACUUGACGUAAGUUAUAAUAGGGCUCCUUAUUGUUUAUGUACAAUAUUAAAAAGAAAUGUAUAUUACUUCCAAAGAAAUAAUCUUUAUCCUUUUUGAAUAUUUUAAUUGAAGGCUGUUUUGUGUA